GUCUGGAUGUGUAGUUCACGAUGGCCGGAUGAAUGUUUGAAAUUCGUGAUUAAGCAUAAUAACUGUUUAAUCAGGAUUCAUUGUUCGGACACAAGUUUUCACAUGUGAAGCAUACAAGAUGGCCAAAGACCCGAGGCGAUUAGUGGGGCCACAUUUGUGGACGGGGUGACACGCAAAGGUGGCCAGGAUCGCCCAUCAAAGCAGGGGCUUUGCCCCGGCUGACCCGCGAGAGCACACGAUGGCAGCCAGCAUCAAGUCAUGGAUCAGUACCUUGGUCAUCUUCGUGUCCGUGCUCCAGGUUGUCCACGCUUCUUGGUGGUAUCUAGGUGUGGCGAGCUCCUACCAAAUUCUGGCAGACGAGGUGAGACACAAACCGCAGCACGCCUGCUCCAACCUGCAGUUCCUGGAGCCUCACCAGCGGGACAUCUGCAGCAACGACGGCAAGCUGCUGGACGUCAUCAGGACCGGCGCCGCCAUGGGUAUCGACGAAUGUCAGUUCCAGUUCAGAGACCGUCGAUGGAACUGUUCGACCACAAACAACACUGACGUCUUUGGACGGGUGCUCUAUAUAAAGAGCCGCGAGACUGCUUACAUCUACGCCAUCUCCUCGGCCGGCAUCAUGUACAGCGUGACCCGAGCCUGCGCCAAGGGCGAGCUGGACAAGUGCGGCUGUGAUAACAAAGCCAGGAGCCGGGAGCCGGGGGAGAACUUUGAGUGGGGAGGCUGCUCUGAGAAUAUCCGCUAUGGCGCCAAGUUUUCCAAAGAUUUUCUCGAUCGCAACGAAACAAGAAACAAGGACCAGGGCAGCAUGAACCUGUGGAAUAAUGGAGCCGGUAGAAAGACGAUCAAAGAUCACGUGGAGAAACAGUGCAAGUGUCACGGUGUUUCUGGCGACUGUUCGGUGAAGAUCUGCUGGCGCAAAAUGCGCUCCUUCAGAGACAUUGGCGCGUCCUUGAAACACAAGUUCGACGGCGCCACGUACGUCAAGUGGGAUAAACGGAGGAGACGCUUGAAGCGCAUCACUGGCAUGCAGAAGCGACCCACCAAAGGCGACUUGGUCUACUUGCAGGAGUCCCCAGACUUUUGCGAGUUUAACCCGGAGUACGGGUCACUGGGCACCCGCGGCCGGCAGUGCAACAAGACCAGCUACGGGCUGGACGGCUGCACCCUCAUGUGCUGUGGGCGGGGCUAUCAGACUCUGGUCAGCGAGGAAAAAUAUGACUGUGACUGUAAAUUUUUCUGGUGCUGCCGCGUUGAGUGUAAAAAGUGCACAAAAGUCUUAGAGAAACAUUUCUGCAACUAGCCAGUCCGCUAGCUGUGCACAUUCUGUUCAGUCUUUGAGAUUGACGAUUUGUCAGUGCAGGACAGGAGUAUCUGCUCACAUUUGAGUUACUUCUACACCAUGCUGUGUGCGGAGUAAGGACAGGAGUACCUGCUCACAUUUGACUUGCUUCUACACCCUGUUGUGUGCGGAGUGAGAACAGGAGUAUCUACACACAUUUGAGUUGCUUCUACACCAUGCUGUGUGCGGAGUGAGGACAGGAGUACCUGCUCACAUUUGAGUUGCUUCUAC